CCACUCCGUGUCUCUCUCUAGGUGGCGAUGGCCACAGAGGAGGACGGGGAGAUGACGCACGCAGAGGAAAGGGUGGAGAGCACGGCGAGUCGAGCCAGAGUAGGUGAGCCUGCAGACAACAGGGAUGAGCGCCCUGGAGGAAGGGUAGAGCAUGCCAGAGGAAGAGAGGAUCACCCUGGGGAAAAGGAGGAAUGCCCUGGAGGAAGGGAGGAGCACCCUGGAGUAAGGGAGGAACGCCCUGGAGGAAGGGAGGAGCAUCCUGGAGCAAGGGUGGAACGCCCUGGAGGAAGGGAGGAGCAUCCUGGAGCAAGGGAGGAACGCCCUGGAGGAAGAGAGGAGCGCCCUGCAGGAAGAGAGGAGCGCCCUGCAGGAAGGGAGGAGCGCGCCAGAGCAAGGGAGGAGAGCCCUGGAGGAAGGGAGGAGCGCCCUGGAGGAAGAGAGGAGCGCCCUGCAGAAAGGGAGGAGCGCGCCAGAGCAAGGGAGGAGAGCCCUGGAGGAAGAGAGGAGCGCCCUGGAGGAAGAGAGGAGUGCCGUACAGGAAGGGAGGAGCGCGCCAGAGCAAGGGAGGAGAGCCCUGGAGGAAGGGAGGAGCGCUCUGGAGGAAGAGAGGAGCGCCCUGGAGGAAGAGAGGAGCGCGCCAGAGGAAGGGAGAAACUCCUUGGAGGAAGGGAGGAGCGUGCGGACAGCAGCCAGGCAUUGAAAGAUGACAAAUCGGACGUGCUCUCUGUGCAAUCUCGCUACCUCCGCAGUGGCUCCUUCAGCCGGUUCUCCGUGUCCUAUGACACGGAUACAGAGAGCAUCCACAUGGAGCCCAUACACCUCUCCUCGAGCCUGGCCGCAGCGCAGAUCAUCAAGGAGGACCUGGGCGAGCGCAAGAUGCGGCUCGCGGAGUCGGGAGGCCCCGGGCGCAGCGAGUGCGCGGAGCAGCUGCUGGUGGAGGACCUGUACCGGCGCGUGCAGGACAAGAGUGACAAGUCGGGCCGCUUCGGCACGCCCAGCGUCAUGGAGAUCCAGCGGGCGCUGUCCGGGGGCCGCAUGGAGACGCCCAAGAACGCGGCCGACCUCGUGUGGGACGGCAUCUACAUCGGGGACGUGAGCGUGGCCAUGAACCGCGCGCGGCUCAAGCGCAUGGCGGUGACGCACGUGGUGAACGCGGCGCACGGCACCGGCGUGUUCACGGGCCACGAGUUCUACCGCGGUAUGGAGCUCGCCUACCUGGCCGUGCCCGCCGACGACUUCCCCGAUUUCGACAUCAGCGGCCACUUCUACCCGGCGGCCGCCUUCAUCGAUGAGGCCCUGCUCACCCACAAGGGGACGGUGCUGGUGACCUGUGUGAUGGGAUACAGCCGGGCGGCGGCGCUCGUGGCCGCGUACCUCAUGAUUUACCAUCACCUGCCCCUGCUGGAGGCGCUCACCAGGAUCCGGCUCAAGCGACCGGUCUCUCCAAACGAGGGCUUCCUAAGGCAGCUGCGGGAGCUGAACGAGAAGCUGCUGAGCGAGCGUGGCGUCGAGCCGGCCUCGACGGCGCGCGAAGGUCGCCGCCGCAACAACGAUGCCGCCACCGGCAACGGGGACGGGGGCAGCAGCAGCGGCCGCAGCAGCAGCGGCGGCAGCAGCGUGGUGCAUGUGCGCGAGCGGGCGACGAGCCACCUGCUGGAGGAGAAAGUGGACAAGCGGCGGCGGUGGACCUCCCGCGAGGACGACGCGAGCAGCGUGGCGAGCAGCGUGGCGAGCGGCACAGAGGAGCGGCGGCGCUCCUGGGCGGGGUCGCUUCACGCGCGCAUGGAGGUGUGCGACACCGACAGCGAUGGCGCAAGUACCGUUCUCCUGCGCUCCUCCUCGCUGCUCAGCGGGAGCAGUAGGCGGAGGAGGCUAUGGUCCGAGUCGACACGGGACGACGAGCCGGAGCCGGGCCGCAGCGUCGCGAGCCGCGCCAGCAGCCGGUUCUCCGGCUCCCAGGCGUUCGAGAGCGAGCAUCUCGAGGUGUCCGGCCAAGUGCAGAAAUCUCCUCUCGCUGCGCCAUCCAACGGAGACGGCCAUCCCGGCGGCCGGGAGAGUGAGCACGCGGGAGACGACGGCACCGACGGCCGGCGCCCGCGGCCUGCGGACUCGGACGACGAGGUGGAUCAGAUCAUUCGGGAGUGGAGGCGUCGCAACGAGACGCUGGGCCAGGGGGACGGUCGCUCUCGGGCCGGGCUGUCCACAGAGGAUGAGGAGAGCAGACGGGGAGGUGGGGAGUGGGGCGGGCGGACACCGGCUCGUAGCGCGGGCAGGAGAGACUCCCUUGCGUCGGAGGGCAGCGGCGGCAGCAGCUGGACGAGGGCGAGCACGGAUGUGUCGCUGGACCCGAUGGAGGGCGGUGUGCCCAGAUGGCGCGCGGACGACGACGAAGACACCGAGUCCAACUUCAGCUUCUAUGGCGGCCGCGAGGAGGUGCUGGGCGGCCUCACACCCGUGCAGCGCUGGCGCCUCAAGAAGCGCGAGCUGGACGAUCGGAACCGGGCCUUCGACAAGGCAUUCCCGCCCCGGCAAGCAGCCCGGCGCGCAGGCAGGGAAGGUGCCGACGCGGAGCAGCCGCCGGCGCCGCCAGACCCGCCGCAGCCGGACCCGGGCCUGCCGGACCUCGCGGCCUACCAGCGCUGGAAGCUGGGCCGCCAGCAGAAGCUGCGCACGGACAUGUCGGACGACAUCGUUGCGCUCACGUGCGAGCCGCCCGCGGCGGCGGCCAAGGCGCUCAAAAAGCCCGGCGCUGCCGAGCGACUGCAGGAGGCGCUGGAGCGCAGCCGCGGGAUCCUCGCUGGCAUAGAGAGAGAGGAUGCAGACAGGGAGGAGGCCGCUCGGCUGCCGCCACAGCAACAGCCGCAGCAUCCGCAGCAGCAGCAGCCGCAGCAGCAGCAGCAGCCGCAGCAGCAGCCGCAGCAGUACCCGGCGUACGCGGACGACGACGAUACAUCAUCGGUGUUCAGCGCGCAGAGUUCUGUCCGCAGCGCAGCGACCGCGACGAGCCGACGCUCGUACCUGAGCCGCGACAGCUACGGCGGUGGAGGUCACAACGGGAGCGAGACAGCGUCCUUCAGCGGACAACAGGCGUGGAGCUCGCGGUCGGAGAGCGCCGCCUCUCGGUUCUCAUGUGGAGGAGGAGGUGGAGGAGGUGGCACAAGCAAGCCGCUGUUCACCCUUUUCCAGGACGAGGUGGACCUGGGCCGCCUGGAGCGCAGCGAGCGGCGCACGCGGAGCGAGGUGCUGGGCAUGAUGAGCGGCUACGCCGAGGAGCGCAUCGCUGCCUGCAACAAGCGCAGCACCAUCUUCAAGAAGAAGCAUGGCACUGGCAGGAAGGAGGAGGGGUCGGGGAAUGAUGCGCACCAGCGGGAGGGGGCCGAAGAGGAGGUGGGAGAGGGCGACGGAGAGACGACAGCCAGCCUCCUCGAGUCGGUGCAGAGGCUGACGUGCAGAGCCCAGCGGCUCAAGAAGUCGUUCAGGCAAACGGGCGAGGCGGGCGGGGAGGGGAGCGAGGAGUGCAGCGAGGCGCUCCCCGGGAGUUGGCGGGGACGACCUGGGAUGGGUGGCGGCGGCGGCGUCGUGAGGGAGGAGCGCCAGCUGAUGAGCGUUGUCUCCCAGGUGGAGGCCGAGGAGGUGGUCUCCAGAUCCCGGCGCCCGCACGGCGGUGGCGGCAGUGCCGGUCACGCAGAGGAGGAGGGGGCGGAGGUGGAGGCGGCGUCCCCGAACGGAGCAGAGUUUGACGAGGCGGACGAGGAGGUGAUCCGCGUGUGGAGGCGGCGCCGCGACGCCAUGCGGCGGGAGGCGACAUCGCGAAGCAUCUUCCACAGCUCGCGGCCCGCGCCGUGACGGCCACGCCGUGACGGCCACGCCGUGACG